AUGCCCCAGUUUGGUGUUUACAAGGCUAUGCUCACAGGAGUGGCGUGCUUCCCCAGGGUGGAAUGUCCCGCCUCAGGGUUUAUAAGGCGAGGUUCAGGGGUCACCAGCAUCACAGUCUGCAUUGACACAGCCAUCAUGAAGACUUGCACACUCCUUGGCCGUCCCCUCCUGCUGGUGGCGGUGCUGGCGGUGUCCUGGGCCGCGGCUGUCCCUCUUCAGGACACGGACAGACUGCAGGACAUCCACUCGGAGGAGCAGCUGCAGGCGUAUCUGGAGAGCAAUCCCUCUGUGUUGCGUGAGCUGUACCCAGACUUGCUUCGCGAAGCCUCCGAGGUGUUGGUGGUUGUUGACCCAGACACGCUGGUGGAGAUGCUGAGGGAGCAGGCGGCGACCGCCACGCACGAGCCCCACCAGGAGGAUAAGGAAGAAGAGGAGGAGGAGGAGGAGGAGGAAGAGGCCCAAGAAGGAACGCAAAAAUAUCAAGAAGACAAGAACCACCGCAGCAAGAGACAGGUCACCUUCGGCGUUGGGAUGAACCGCGGGUCCUACGGAAGGGACUACAAUGCUAAUAUUGGCUACGAGCGUCGCUUCAACAACGGCAGGUCAUCCUUUGGCGUGCACGCCAACAAGAAUUGGGGAGCAAGCGGCAGGUCCCAUGGAUUCGGUAUCAGCUUCUCGCACAGAUUCGGUCGCUAGGGGGCGUCACAAGCACCUCGGACAGCGGUAGCAGUAAAUACCUCGCACUAGAAAUCGAGCUGCACGUCCAGAGCGACAUCCUUAUCUUACACCAAACACAACACGCCACCUUCUGAAGAUGUGUUGCAUCAUCUAAAUAAAUAUGUAUAUUUGUACCAUA